AAUCUCAUCGACAUUCUCAGGUGCCUCCUGCCGCCCGGAGCGAGGACCCAGAGAUGGCUAAGCCCUGGCCCGCGGCCCGGAGGUGCUCGCUCGCUCGGAGAGACCGUUCAGGACCGGCCUGCUGUCGGGGACCUGGCCGGAGCCGAAUGUUCGCUCCUCCGGCAGAUGGGCAUGGUGGGGCCGCGGCCAGAAGGCAGCGCCUGCGGGACGCCGCACAGAACGGACUUGAGGUCACCACCCCCGCCUUCCGGGAGAAGCCAAACUGGAGACUCACAGCGCCCCGGACCUGACCCGAGGACGGAGACCCCCGGUGCUGUGCCUGCCCCUGAAGCACCUCCUCUUUCCACCUCGGGGCUCAGCCCCCCAUCGCGGCCCUAGUUGCACUGUGAGGGCCUCGUUUCAUUAGAGCGCCCCCUCCAGGACGCCGGUCAGGGUCGGACUGCGAUGGAAUAAAUGGCCACGUCCUCAGUGCUGGGAUGGCCAGCGCCCUUCGCCCAAGCCCAGCAGCCGGGCAGGGCCUGGAUGCCCCCCAUCCCUGCUGCUGGGAGGGGGUUCCCGCCCUGGGAGGGGCUUCCUGCCCGAGAGGGGCUGCAGCAGACCUUUCGACAUCUCCUGAUUCCAGAGCUCCUAUCUGUGUCUGCGCCUUGUCGAAGAGGCAGUAGCCACCUCCGCGGCCUGCCCUGUGACUGCAGUGUUCCCCGUCUCCCCGUAUAACAGCCUCGCCAGAGCUCCUGCCGCCGACGCCCCGGGGCCAUGGGGAGCUGACCCAGCCGGGCACCCAGGCCCCCACAGGCCGACCAGGCACGCCUGCUCCUCGCUGCUCCCCGCUCCCCGCAGGCCGGGAAGACCGAGGUCUCCACUCCGCUCCCUGCCUCCCCUAGGAUGGAUGGAUGCGGCUGGAAGGAAAUGGAGGUGGCUCUGGUCAAUUUCGAUAACUCAGACGAAAUCCAGGAACAGCCCGGCUACGACCCGGACCUGAACCCCACCAGCGCCCCCAGAGGCCGGCCUGGGGCCGGCCCCUUCUCCAGCUGGAAGCUGCUCCUCGGCGACAGUGGCAGCCACGAGACGGCCUUCUGCCGGCUCCCGGGAGACUACCCGGACCCCCCGGGGCCGGAGCCCGCGGCCCUGAACGAAGGGAACCAGCGGGUGAUCAUCAACAUCGCGGGGCUGCGGUUCGAGACCCAGCUCCGCACCCUCACGCAGUUCCCAGAGACCCUCCUGGGCGACCGGGAGAAGCGGAUGCGCUUCUUCGACUCCAUGCGGAACGAGUAUUUCUUUGACAGGAACCGGCCCAGCUUCGAUGGGAUCCUGUACUAUUACCAGUCCGGCGGGAAGGUGCGGCGCCCGGCCAACGUCCCCGUCGACGUCUUCGCCGACGAGAUCGCCUUCUACGAGCUGGGCAGCGAGGCCAUGGACGAGUUCCGGGCGGACGAGGGCUACAUCAAAGACCCCGAGACGCUGCUCCCCACCAACGACUUCCACCGGCAGUUCUGGCUCCUGUUCGAGUACCCCGAGAGCUCCAUGGCCGCCCGGGGCGUGGCCACCGUGUCCGUGCUGGUGGUCAUCCUGUCCAUCACCAUCUUCUGCAUGGAGACGCUCCCCGAGUUCCGCGAGGACCGGGAGCUGAAGCUGGUGAGGGACCCCGGCCGCAACGUCAGCAGGCUGGUCCUCUCCCCGUCCAUGUUCACCGACCCCUUCUUCAUGGUGGAGUCCACCUGCAUCGUGUGGUUCACCUUCGAGCUGGUGCUCCGGUUCGUGGUCUGCCCCAGCAAGGCCGGCUUCUUCCGCAACAUCAUGAACAUCAUCGACAUCAUCUCCAUCAUCCCCUACUUCGCGACGGUCAUCACCGAGCUGGUCCAGGAGACGGAGCCCAGCGCUGAGCAGAACAUGUCCCUGGCCAUCCUGCGCGUCAUCCGGCUGGUGCGGGUCUUCCGCAUCUUCAAGCUCUCCCGCCACUCCAAGGGGCUGCAGAUCCUGGGCCAGACGCUGAAGGCGUCCAUGCAGGAGCUGGGGCUGCUCAUCUUCUUCCUCUUCAUCGGCGUCAUCCUCUUCUCCAGCGCCGUCUACUUCGCCGAGGUGGACGAGCCCGAGUCCCAUUUCUCCAGCAUCCCCGACGGCUUCUGGUGGGCCGUGGUCACCAUGACGACCGUGGGCUACGGCGACAUGUGCCCGACCACCGCCGGGGGCAAGAUUGUGGGCAUCCUGUGCGCCAUCGCCGGGGUCCUGACCAUCGCGCUCCCGGUGCCCGUCAUCGUCUCCAACUUCAACUACUUCUACCACCGGGAGACGCAGAAGGAGGAGAGGCAGAAGAACAUGCCGCAGGAGAUCAACAAGAUCGCCCCCAGCGUGGGCUCGAGGACGGGCAGCGCCGACUCGCUCAGCAAGACCAACGGCGGCUGCUCUGCAGAGCAGUCCCUGGAGUGAGCUGUGCCCGCUUCCUGGCCGCGGGUCCCUCUGUCUCUGCGUCUCUGUGUCUCUGCCUCUCUCUCCCUUCCCCUGCCUCUUCCGCUCUGUUUUCCCAAAGAGCAAAACGUACCUUCGCGGCCAGCAGGCCACCUCUGAC